AUGCUAGAGUUGGUGGCAUCGGACGGAAAGACAUGGAAAGUUGGGGCUGCAGAGUUAGACGCGCUUCUUGCUAAUCACAGGGAGUUGGUCGAGGACGGAAAACUCAAAUUGGAUUAUCCCUCAGCCAUAGUCGAGCACGUCGUGGAAUGGAUAUCAACUUUUGGAAAAGGGUCCAUAUCAUCGCAGGACGCACAGAAAAACAAAGAGCUACGGCAGCAGUUCUUCUUAUUGCUGAGCAAAGAAGAGUUGCUAUCUACAUUGGAGAUAGCGGAAAGAAUUGGACUCAAUAGUCUCUUAGAUGGUGGUGCGCAAUAUGUGUCCGAUCUUCUCUCCAAUAUGACAGAUGCAGAAAUGAAGGCAUAUCUUGAUGUAGAGCGAGACCCCCUAAGUGCUGACGCUGAGGAGAAGGUCCAUGAGCUGUUGAAAUAUGUUACAGAGGAAUAG